AUGCCGCUUGCCAGCAAAGCACGGACAGAGAAGGAGGAGAAGCUGAGCCAGGCCUAUGCAAUCAGCGCUGGUGUCUCCCUCGAGGGCCAGCAGCUCUUCCAGACCAUUCACAAGACCAUUAAAGACUGUAAAUGGCAAGAAAAAAACAUUGUAGUCAUGGAAGAAGUUGUUAUUACACCCCCAUAUCAAGUGGAAAAUUGUAAAGGCAAAGAGGGGAGUGCACUGAGCCAUGUACGCAAAAUAGUUGAAAAACAUUUUAGAGACGUGGAAAGCCAAAAGAUACUGCAACGUUCACAAGCCCAGCAACCACAGAAGGAGGCUGCCCUGUCAUCCUGAGUCCAUCUACGUGGAGGACUCUUCCAGCAUCCGGCCAAGGAGGCAUCGAUGGCUUCAGCGGAGGCAGACCGGGGGAGGGAAGGGAUCCUUUAUUUCCUGUUGACUCUUGUUAACAAAGGGUCAGCAUUUCCAAAUCUUAGACUUGAACAAACAAAACACCCAACAAAAAAGAACAAGAGAAUAAUUUAAAAGUUGAAUCAUUACUUGACUAACAGACUUUGGUCCACCCAUGUCCUUUUCACAGCCCCCUUCUGGAGCAGUCACCUUGUUAAUUUUAUUUUUGAAAAUUCUCUUCCUCUCCUGCUCUGCACUUCCACCUUUGACUUUCCUUUUCUUCUCUGUUCCCUGCCAUUCUGUUUUUAUAAAGUGGUUACACUUGCCUUCUGAGCGAUUGAAAGAAACUUUUACAUCUUCUCUUCCAAAAUAAAAGUAACAAGCUGACUGUGAUACUUAAGUUGAGACCAGAGCAGACGGAGGUCUCAAUUUAAAUUUUUUUUUUUUUUUUUUUUUUUUUUCACAGGGCAUGGCUUGAAUUAGUUUUAUUUUUCUUAACUUUAAAUAUAUAUAUGAAAAUAUAUAUUAAAAUGUUCUCUAAAUAUUUUCUGCUUCUUGCAGGCCUCUUUUUACUAGAUCAUGGCCAUUUUUCCCCACCUCAUUCCUCCAAAAAUAAAAAUGUAUUGCCCUCUUACCACUCAAAGCCAGGCAACUAACUUGACUUAGUUCACAGCAAGAAUCUCCUGCAGCACUAUGUAGAAUCAGUGUGUGCAGAUGGGAUUUGGGGUUUGAGGGUUCUUGAUGACUUUUUAGUCUUUAACUGUGUAUGUACCAGGCUCAUGUUUGGCUAAAACCUCAGGAUUCUCCCUCUGCCUUUUACCUACUUCAUGGUACUAGAAGAACCACCUCACCACUCUCCUUGAUGGGAGAGUCAGCUGCCCUUUCCUGUGCUUCUGCAGGAAGAACUAUUUUACAUGGCACAUCAUCUCAGCUCCUCCUCCUUGAGGGAUGACUUUCUUUUAUAAGAAACCUGGAGUUCACCCACCUGACCUCUCUUCCUGUUGAGCCACUAGCCUAGGAAAUAGCUAGGGUGACCUAUAGUUUCUCUUCUCCAGCCAACCUCCUGCUCCUGUGCCGUCUUCCCCCCCACCCCCUUUAAAUUUUACAAGCUUAUGACAGUUUGUAUGUGCUCUCAGCCAGUGGGCAGAAAACCUGGGAAAGAGAGUUUCUGGACUUUAGCCCACCAGUUUGUCUGGUUUUGAUUAACCUGCUGAGGGCUAAAACUGGCACCCAUUGCUCCUGUGCCUUCAGGUGGUUACAUGGGACAGUGUAGGCCAUCAGCUGCAUAUCAAGCACUGAGUGGGAUGUAGGUGAUGCUCAUGUGACUGGCUAGAGCUCUGGGCAUGGGGGGGGGGGGGGUUAGUUACUAUUUUUUUGGCCAUGAUCUGUUUCCCCUUCCUUUUUUUUUUUUUUUAAUUA